AUUACUUUCCAUCGAACACGUGCGCGCUGAUAAUAAGCGCUUGCGCCUUGCGCAAUGAGUUGAGGCUAAAAAUAAUAGCAGCUUGUCAAUAGAAUAGUCUCAGCAAUAAAUUAUAAGAUCAUCGUUUCCUUAAAGACGCGUAGGUCAACUGUCUUCUACCAGACGUAAAGUCAGAAAGUGAAAAGGUGGAGACCAUGUCACAAAGAACAAACUCACUGGAUUUGAUACAGGGACUUCAAGACAUUGAGACUCCACAUGGUGUUCAUCUUGCUGGGAUAUAUAAACGGAGCUUUGCUUUUGUGACCAUAAGAGAUAGAUUGCCAGUCAUCUUAACAAAAAUUGUUGAUACUUUAAGUCGUGAGAAAGAUGAAAUUAUUAAACAAUAUGGACAGGAAUCAGCAGAGGAAGUAAAACACAUUAUAGGACGUAUUAGUAAAUUGAAAAAUGAAGUAGUUACCAAUAAACCACUACAGCGACUUCCUUCAGUUGAUAUUGACGAUGAUAAAAAUGUAUGGAAUGAGUACCUUGAUGAACGUACUAGAAUAGAAGGAGAAAUACCAUGUUGGUUUAACACACAUUGGUUAUAUUGUGAAUGUUAUCUAUAUCGUAGGCUGGCACAAGAAUUUGCACUCACGAAAACCUUAAAAAACUAUGACCCUUUUAGAAAACAAAAGCAAGAUAGUUUUACUGGAUCGAUCGGUAGUAUUAUUGCCCUUAGCCACUAUACGAUGGAUCUUAUUAAUAGAACAGAAAAUGUAUCAUCUGCUGAACGGAAACAUGAAUUUAUUAAAUUAAUAAAAGUUGAUCUUUGGGGAAACAGAUGUGACUUAUCUCUUAGCGCUGGCGCUGAAAGCAAUCAAUCUGGGAAUCCAAUCUCACUCUUAGAAUCUUUAGAAAAAGACAUUCUUGUGGAUGAAUCGAAAUAUAUUUGGGAUCUUCUAAGUAAGACUGACAAACAAAAUAACUCUCUCAUUGUUGAUAUAAUACUAGACAAUGCAGGAUAUGAACUAUUUACCGAUUUAUGUUUGGCUGCAUUUAUGGUAACUCAUGGUCUAACGCAAAAAGUUCGUUUUUACGUUAAAUCUAGGCCAUGGUACGUGAGUGACACCACUGUCAAUGAUUUCCAUUGGCUAGUGGAGCAAAUGAAAACAUCAUCAAAUCCUGAUUUAUCAGCCUUGGGUGAAAUAUGCGCCAAUCAUGUGCAAAAUAAUAUUUUCACCAUAGAGGAAGAAUUAUUUUGGACUGAACCAUAUGACUAUGCACAAAUGAAGAGUCGCGAUCCAAUAUUAUACGCCAAACUCUCUGAAGCCACAUUGGCCAUAUUUAAAGGCGAUCUGAAUUACAGAAAACUGACUGGUGAUAUCAAUUUCGAAUAUACAACCAGUUUUCUAGAGUCAUUGCGAGGUUUUACACCAACUAAUUUGCUCAGCUUAAGAACUAUAAAAUCCGAUGUUUGCGUCGGUCUGCCACCAGGUAAAGCAGAAGCAAUUCGCGCAAAAGAUGAAAACUGGCUGAUCACUGGUCAAUAUGGCCUUAUACAAGCCACCAUCAAUAGUGGGUGUCCAUGCAUACAAAGAACAUGUUAAAUCACAUAAGAGAAAUUCAUAAUAAUAAAAUGUUAUUUGAAAAAUAAUUAAUCAUUGCUGUGGCGAAACAGCAGAGUUCAGAAAAGAUUUAAUUUUCUGAUUGCACGUUCUCCCCUUUUGCAUAUAUUUACUUUUAUAACUUUUCCAAAUAUUCAAUUUCCAUAUUUUGAAAUGUACAUAACAUUCUCUAGAAAAAAUACUUUUUUUUGUACUAAACCUUAUACGUGCGGUGCAAGACAAAUUACAUAACCGCUGAGAGACACAAGAAAUUAAUAUUUGGAAAAUAAAUGUAUAAUUAAAUCAAAUCACAAUAUUAUUACAAGUCAGCAAAAGCACAUGUAUCUGCUAAUGUAAAACAUGUCACCUUAUCGUAUAUUUAGUAAAAGAACAAGAAACAGACAGCCAUAACGUAGAAAAAGUAAUCUAAUGUAAGCAACAUAUAAUGUAUUAUUCUUAACAAUAUAUCACGAUCUUCCGAAUAGUUAAA